AUGCCGAUAGCAGGCGGUUGCCCCCCAGGCGGUGUCCGCGAGCGCCAAGGCCCAGGUCCACGGGGCCAGGAUGGACAGGUUCGUGAACUCGUAUGUGCCGUAAAGACACACGCCCAGAAGCAGACCCUGUCGACACAUGAGGGGCAGAAGCAGAGUGCCAUCUGGCGCAGAGCGCGUAUUGGGCAAGGCGAACAUGUACACCGAGCCUACGAUGCAUAUCCAGGCAAGCAGCCCUGGGACGAUUUGGGGUGUAGACCGCAAAACAUCUCCAAGAACACUUUUGUAGAUGCUGCCGGCUACCAGGGUAAUCCAGGUGACAUCCAGAAGGAUGAAUACAACUACCGAUGGCAGGAAGACGAGAAGCAACGCUGCAAAAUCCAUGGGUCAUGUGUCAGAAAACAUGGUCAUAUCUUAAUCGUUGCUUGGCACAACACGACCUACAUUUCCACAGUGGAACGCUGGGGCCAGCCAUACUUUCGUCUACCAAGGGCGCAUACAUCAGCAGUUUCGCAGGUGAUCGAUAUCGUCCGGGUUAUCGUGGUCGGUUCCAUGCAACCAGCCGAGUCCUCUAACUAGAGAUUUAUGGCGUGCGAGUCACACAUACGCGCAAUGAUAAGGAGAUCACUAAGCUGAAGGGUGCCGCAACCUAGGUCCAGAAAUUUGAGAUACAAAAGGGUACAUCCAAUGUUCGUGCAGACUGGUGUGCGUGGAUUAUUCACUCGUCAAGCAUUAUCCCUAGCUAAGGGUUACCGCCUCCUUUAUUGACAACAGUUAUUUCGUGUGUUGAACUCAUGAGCUGGAACCGCUUAGCAAACCUACCCCCUAGCAACUGCUGCUUCCAAGCCUGCAGCUUCACAAGCAUGUCAUACAACAUGCACACAUUGCCGACGGAAGCGAAACCAAUUCAUACAAGUGCAUCAAGCACAUUAAAACAGACACCACUAGCUCAGUCUCCACUAGCAAACGAGGUAGACAGCAGGAGUGCCGCAGCUGAACGUAACGACAGAGUCCAGGAGGUGCACAGGGCAUCUUCCAAACCAACCUUCAAAACAAGGUCCGUGUCCUGCCCAUGCUGAGGUGGGACCACCUGACUUGAAACAAAUUAAGCGAUACCACUGUUCUGACUACUAUGAUAAAUACAUUUACACAAGCAAAAGAC